AUGGCAGUAGCACUAUCAGAGCAAACCGAAGGUAUCCCAAAUGAGAUUGCAACAAAAUUAGUGUUAAUGAUAAUGGGAUUUAUAAUUACAAUGAUCUUUCUGUGUAUAUUUUUGGUAAUUGCCGUAUGUAUUUACUACAAAGGAAAAAGCGAAGAAUUUCUCUUUAUGGAUAAAAAAAGUUCGAAGAUUGAAAAAGAUCAUUCACCAUAUAUCAUAACACCGGAACAGAAGAUCACUCAACAAAUGUUAACUGCCCAGAUGGUUACACCGAUCGAAUGUUCGGUAAAUGAUAUCGCUCGAUUAUUACGAUAUAUCGCUUUAUAUGGUGAAUUUACAGAAGAUGAAAUUUAUCGAACACCAAAAGAUUUUAUCCACUUGGUAACACGUGGUAAAACAAAAUUCGAUAUCGAAGAUGAAUCUAAAAAAGAACACAAAGUAAUGCCAAAACUUGGAUCACAACUGCAUUUGCCUAGCGAUCAGGAAAAUCAUUUUUCAAUAUUGCGCAUGCAACAGCAACAAGACAUUUCAUCUUUUAAACCAAGGAAAAAAGCUCGUAGAAAAGAAUUAUACGACGAAAUGGAUCGUGAGAGUGGCGUAAAAGGGAGCUCAAAAAAGGGUCGUUUGGCGGUAAGUAAUUCAAUUCUGGGAAAUGCUAACUGA